AGAUGGAAGGUGUUUGCAAGUUGCAACUGCCAAGCUUUUUGCAUUCAUGGAGGAAGAGGAUGGUAGCCCAAACUCUCUUUCUAAAUCUCAAAAUCAAUCUCACUCCCAAGGAGGAACAACAGAGAGGAACAUGAAGAAGAAGAAGAACAAGAAGCAUAGUCUUCCUCUGAGGAUGUUUAUUUCAGUGGAUGGAGAUGAUGUGGUGCGCCCUGACUGUCCUAAUGCUUCCAAUCCUUUCCACAAGUGUGCAGACUACUGUUCCUUGAGAACUUCUGACCAAGCUAAGAAACAGGAAGGAAGCAAGGGAGUGAAAAAGGUGGUGGAAGCAAGGAGGCAUGUAGAUCCAAACUGCAGACAUGCAUCAAAUCCUUAUCAUUCAUGUGGUCCAUAUUGUUAUGAAGAUGAAGGAGAGAGUUCAUAUAGUUCUUAUUCCUCUUCAUCUUUUCGUCAAUUAAAAGGGGAGAAGAAGGAAGAGGUAAAGAAGACUGGAGAUGUGGAUCCUAUGUGUAAAAAUGCAUCUAAUCCUUUUCACAAGUGUUCUGAUUAUUGCUUCAGAGGCAGCACAGAUGAAAGGAAGGAAAGUGUAAAGGAUGUUGGAAAGGGGAGAGAUGGAGAUGAGACUAAAAGUAAUGGGAAUCUGAAUUGUCCUAAUGCAUCCAAUCCAUUCCAUGUUUGUGGGAGUUAUUGCCUGCCAGUGAUCCCAAAGAAAGGCCAGAACAAGGGAAAUAUAAAGAAGCCAACAGAGAGCUCAAACUGUAAAUAUGCUUCAAAUCCUUUUCACAACUGUUCUGAAUUCUGCUCCUCAGGGGAAGGAGGUUUUGUUCCAAAGAAACCAGAGAAAAGGAAUGUCUAUUCCAAUCCUGAAAAAGUUUCAGUAAAAACUGAUGAAACAGUAGAAGUAAGCACUGAAGCAGUGAAGGUCUCUGAGAAGAAGCCAAUCAGCAGAAAUUCAUCUACUUCAUGUUCUGAAAGCAGCAAGGAACAUUUUCAGAGUUUUUAUGAACAGGAAUUACUAGAGAGAUUUGGGAUUUUGAGAGGCAAUGAGGAUGAUUUGGUGGAAACUGAGAAGAGGGAAAUGCACCUUAAGCACAUUGACUCCUUUGAUUUAAACCAUCAAUUCAUAGCACAUUGCAGACAGAGCAAUCAUGAAGAUUUCUACCAAUUUGAGAAAGUUUUGAUUGCAGAGAAGAGCAUGGGAGAUUGGCAAAUGCAGGAUAAUCAGUGGAUUAAUACUUGCAAUUCAGACGGUAAAAUUUCUGCAUAUUGCCUUCAAAAACCCUCCCAUGAGAGUAACCAAUCUGAGGAUGGGAAGACUGUGAUACCUUCUUCAUCAACAAUUCGCUUUGCAUUGCUGCUACUUUCAGUCUUAUAUUACAUUGCCCAUGUUAUUAUCACUGGAGGUGUGGCAAUGGACCAAAAUACAUCCAGAAGUAAAGAGAGGAAGGAUGAAAAGACAAGAUGCAACGUGAAUUGUUUUGAUGAAAUGAAUAGAGAUAUGUAAUAAUAUUUCUGUUACAUCAAACUGUUCCAUUGCAAUGUAAUACAUUCAUUUUGGAUCUGUGUAGCUAAC